GGCUCCUCUCCCACUUGCCCCAUCGGACGACGUUUUUGUACAACGGCAAACAUACUGUGCAAAACCAGUUUCAAAUUCAGAUGGGGGAGAUCCACGGCAGGCAAGAAAAAGAGGACUGUAAAAGCUAAAAGCAGGGGACUGACGCAAAGGAUCUGAGAAGUAUUUGUAUUCGACGGUAACAGCAGGAGGUAUUCCAGCAACUGAAAGGAUAAUACACAAGCGAGGAGAGGGAAAAGGACCAGAACACGGGAUACUGCUCAGACUGGUGUGUUCUUGUGGAUUUCUCACUUCACUCCUCCUGGGCUGACAGUGAAGGGGGAGGCAGAGCUGCAAACUGCAGGGAUGAAGUACAACUACCAUGUACCAGUGUCAACGUACACGCGCAGUUCACAGUACACACCAACAUACCACACACCUACCUAUUACACCCCCUCACAUUAUACACCAACGCACUACACAUCUUCAUAUACUUCUACAACAAAGUAUACCCCGACUCAGUACAGCACAACACAUUACACCCCAUCACAUUCACAUUACACGUCCUCUUACAAGGCUACUUCAACAUAUAUCCCUUCAUACAGCAAAAGUUCACGGUACAGUUCAUCACAGCACACGCAAGCACAAGACCUUCCUGCGCCUGUAAUACCUGUCACACCUGCAAAGAGGACUGUGCACUUCCCCAAUGACAUCAUCUUCCAGGAUAUUGUAAGACGAGGAGAUCUGGAGCAAAUCGGUCGUUUCAUGAGAGCGAGGAAGGUUCGUGUCGAUACACUCUUCCACUCAGGUAUGGCAGCACUACAUGAAGCUGUGCUGACAGGAAAUCUGGAGGUAGUGAAGUUGCUGGUAAAAUAUGGCGCCGAUGUUCAUCAGAGAGACGAAGAUGGCUGGACGCCACUUCACAUGGCCUGCAGUGAUGGCUACCCAGAAAUUGCCAGGUAUCUUUUGUCAGUGGGAGCCAGCACAGAGGCAGAAAACGAAAGUGGAGAGAAGCCUGCAGACCUCAUUGAUCCAGACUGCAAAGAGCUGGUCAAACUGUUUGAGGCAGGCUGUGUGUGAUGGGGCACCAAAUGGAUCCCUGAGAGAAAACAGAAAGCUGAGCACUAAGAAAAGAAAAGAAUAAAAAAUGAAACAGAUUUAACUGUGUACAAUACCAAACAAACUUGUAACAGAGUGGAUGAACACAGCCAGAGCUAGGGCCAUGUCACUAAUCCUGUAGUAUGGUAAAAUGGUGGUUCUCUUUUUCAAAAGUGCAGCACAAAUCGCUAUGAGAUUAUUAUUGUUUUAAUUAUAACCUUAAAGCAGUACUCAACUGAGCUGUAUGUUUUCUUUCUGGUUGUUUUUAUUUUAUUUUACUUUAUUUUGUGCAUUUGGGUAUUUGUCAUACUGCCAGUUUCUAUACUGCAAAUUUUAAUCCUCUUUUAUUCCCCUGUCUUCACUCUCCGCCCACUCUGAUGUAAUACAAUACCAACAAUGUGUCACUGAAUCAAUAUGCCAUUUUCACUUGUUGUGUGUGGCCCAUUUCUGAAGAAAUUAGGUAAGAUGAAUGUCUGUCUUCAUGGUUUAAGUAUUUUUAUUUUGUGUUAGUGUUAAACAAUCACUUUUAUAAGUGGCUGGUUGCACUCUGCAGACUGUAUGUUUAGAAAAAAAUUGAACUGAUUAUAAUAUAUAUUUACAACACAGACUUUAGCUGAAAUGUUGGUGUUUUAUCUAUCCUCACUGCUGGGCAGAAAGAGGAUCAGCCAAAUUAAUAAUUGAUACUUCACUGAUGGUCAGUAAUCAAAAAAACAUUAAGUUUAUGGUAUACAAGCACUUCUACUGCCACGGUACAGUUCCUUUAUAUAUUGCUAUAGUUUUUUGUUGUAGGAAUGCAAAUGUCAGCAAUGAAAGUCUUAUACUUUUCUCUUCAACAAUUAUUUUUGUAUGUUUUCAGAAAUAAAGAGACCUUUUAUAAAUAUGA